AUGGCCGAAGUGAAGAAACCCCGCAUCCGCACACGCGAUGCAAUCCCUAGUGAUGUCAACACCAUCGUGGAUAUUCAUUUCGCGGCGUUUGGCCCUAACGUAAUGAACGAGCUCAUGUACCCGGGCGGCGUGACCAAAGAUGCAAAACAAAAGUUCGCAGCUACGUUUUUCCCAAAGUCUGACGAAAAGAAAGACACCGGCAACAAGCCAAAGCAAGCUGGCGAGACUAUCGUGAUGGUGGCAGAGUUACUCCCUGAUGAUGGCGAUGAUGCAGAUCCUGAGAUAGUGGCUUAUACGAGAUGGAUGCUUUACCCGGAAUCCAGGCCUGAGGAGGAGUGGAAUGUUGAUAAGGCUGAGACAGUUGAGAGCCUCGGAGAGGGCACAGACGUAGAGGUGUUCAAUCUCUUCAUAGGGGGUUUGAAGAAAAUGAGACAAAAAUGGGCCAAGGGCGACCCAGGCUUGUUCCUCGGUACUCUUGCCAGCAACCCCUCGCGAGGUCGCCUGGGAGCCGCAAGCGCACUACUCCGUUGGGGCGCGGAGCGUCGGGGUUCCGAUAUUUCUACUUAUGGCAAGGUUCCGGCCGAGGUCAUCUCGGCGUUCUGCCUCUGCGAGCAAUUGAAAAGCACUGAAAUAUUCCUGCACAAUCAACACAUUGCCACUAGUCCCUUUACAUAUCUAAGACUUCUAUCUUCGCUUGUCGGAGAACGCAUCAUGUCUACGGGUGAAGCAAUCCUUGGUAACGGCUCGAGGGAGAUUGGUGUAUUGAAGCAUAUCUAUGACAGCAAAAAUGUGGACCAGAUCCGCGGUAAUCCGACUGCGCUGGUUGAUGCUAUAGAUAGGUAUGCCGGGGCCAACACUCCUCUCAUGAUUAUCGGCCCGCAGAAGCGCGACUAUAUUAUAGAUGUCAUGUCCAAGACCACUCCUGGAUCCAAGGUCUUCGUAGAGUUUGGUGCAUAUGUCGGCUACUCCGCCGUGGCUUUGGCGGCCGCACUGCGCGAUCUCAAUAAGGGUCAUUCAGUCCGGUAUAUCAGCUUGGAGAUGAAUCCUAUCAACGCUGCAAUUACGACCAGCUUUGCAGAACUCACCGGCUUAAAGGAUGUUGUCGAAGUCCAUGUGGCCACAGCGGGAGACUCGCUCGAACGGCUGAUGCGCGACGGUGGGUUAAAGAAAGGCGAAGUCGAUUUUGCACUUGUGGACCAUUGGCAGAGCGCAUAUUUGCCCGAUCUCAAGCUAUCCGAGCAGCUAGGCGUGUUUAAGAAGGGCUCGAUCAUUGUGGCAGACAAUGUUGUCUACCCGGGAGCACCGGAUUAUCUAGCAUACGUUACUAAAGGUACUGCCGACCACUCCAGCGAAAGCUGGAGAUACGAGACAACUACACAAGACUUCACAACACCAUGGGGCCCAGAUCAACUUGCAAUCUCGACCGUCGUUUAA